AUGCACGUCGACACGGUAGACGUGAUCAUGCUGCUCCUCCUGCUCCUCGCCUUCUACAUGUUGGGGCUGAUCGGGACCGACGGGUUCCGCGGGCCCCCGCGCGACGAGCCCGAACCGGAAGCGCAGGUGCAACAGGAGGACUCGUCCGACUCGAGGAGCCGCGAGGAGAACAAGCUGAUCGCCUCGUACUCGCGCAUGUCCAUCAGCCCGUCGGAUCCGGCGUCGAAUUCUACCAAAUCCAAAUCGACAAGCCACCGGAGCGUGGCCGGAAGUCAGCAACCCACCUUGACGACGCACACCGCCCAAGCGCUCACCUCCCGCCAGUCAUUCUCGUUUGCCCCGCAGACCGAGUCAACCCAACACCCGACGACAAUGAUCCAGAGCAGCCACUCGUUCAACGUCGAGGUCGUCCCGGAUGGGGUCUACAUUGUCCAAUACGACGGCGUCUACCACGCGAAGCACCCGGCCGUCCAGGCCUUCUGGGAGGCCUUCCACGAAUUGAGCCUCGACGAGCGCAAGAAGUUCCUCCAGUUCCUCUCCGGAAGCACCCGGCUGCCAGUGAAAGGGAUGAAGGACGUCAAGGUGAAGUUCCAGCCCUGCUCCGACGAGGCGCUCCCCGUCGCCCACACGUGCGCCAACACCCUUGACCUGCCGAACAUCAGCGACAAGAAGGAGAUGUUGAGGCGACUUCGAAUUUCGCUCGAGCACACCUCCGGCUUCACCCUGGUC